CCAGACUACUCCAAAUUCAUGUCCAUCCCAAGUCUACCAGACUUAUUACCCAAUACCCGACCUGCGACCUCCUGGCUCCUGCGAACUGUGAAGCGCUAGAUUGUGAGAAGAGGAGCUGCGAGCCUGUGACGAAGACGGAAGACACGAACACGGAACGUCAGCCGACCUGCGGUCACCAGCCGCGCCGCUGCGACACCGCUUGUCGUCUACCCGUCCAGGUCCCUGCGUUCCAACGCAGUCCAGGCGUCCAGGACCAGCACUCUGCACUCUAGUCUCUACUCUCCAGCCGUGCCACCGUGGAUUUCGGACUCCAGCCCCAGCUCCACUGCUCCAACCUCCACUCCCCAGGGCUAUAGAUUGUAUUGAUAUAGCAGUCAUUACCCUUUCGACCAUAAUCUGCUAUCCGCUAUUGAUAACAUUGAUUCCAGGUGCAAAAUUGCUGAAAGGGUUUCUAUGGAUGGUCUGAAACAAAGCGAGGCGAAUCUUGUGGUAUAUGUGCACCCAUCGAAGUCCAUGAAUGUCAAGGAUGCUGUCUAUCACGAACUAAGCUCCAUGCUCUUCAAGUUUGAUGAAGCUUUAGAUGGUGUGGUACUGUCCUACAAAACAAAGUUUGAUAGUAAGCUGGCAAAGAUUCUACCAGGGAUUCACCCAUAUUUUGGUGUGAGAUUUCAAGCACAGCUGUUACUGUUUUCUCCAAAGCUGAAUAUGCUUUUAGAAGGAGAGGUAGUGAAAGUUUGUCCACAGUCAAUUCACAUAAUUGUUCUUGGAUUUUCAUCUGCUAUUAUAUCGGACGAUGACAUGCAUGGGAAAUUCAAAUAUAAGAUUAAACAUGGAAAGGAAGUGUUUGUUAGCAAAUCUCACAAGAGACAUAAGAUUAAAGUUGGAACAAUUGUACGUUUCUCAGUGAAGAGUUUUGAUGAAGAGAUACUACACAUAUGCGGAUCAUUGAAUCUAGCUGGAACUGGAAGUGUUGCUUGGUUGGAACAACAUGCAUCAGAGAUCAUAGAGAGAGGAAAUGAGAGGCCCGUGGAACAACUGCAGACUGACAAUGGAAGGAUGAUGGGUGAUGAAGAAACGAAUGCACACAGACAUAUGAAGAAAGUAAAGAGAUAACGCAAGUUGGGGUGAGUUGACUUUUCCCCUUCCUCACAAGUUGGAAUAGUGUUAGUGUGUUACCAUUGUUUGUCUCUAGAGAGCAUGGGCGAACUGUUCUAUAUUUUGUGUGCACUAAGUUCCUCAGUUAAUAGAGUUAAAAAGGUAGCUGAAUGAGACAAUGACCCAUUUGGACAUGGGUGUGUAUUAUGCUCUCAUUAAAACAUCUCGUAUUUAUGUAUGGAUAUAUUUAUUUUCAUCCUCACUGCAACUUCUUUUGGGUGGAAAUAGGUUUACUGUUUAAUUAUAAUAACCAUCUUCUUGAGGCAGUGUUUUGCGAUUGUUUAAAAAAGUUCUUUUCCG